UGCAACGGCUAAGGGCCUGCGGGUUUAUUAUAAGGCGGAGCUCGGCGGGAGAGGUGCAGGCGGGAGCCGAGCUGAGCCGAGAGGAAUCCAGCAGUAGAAAGCAGAUUGCAGCCGGCGGAUCCCGCAGCCCUCGCCUGGGACAGCCGCGAGCUGGACAUCGCUCGAGGAAAGCUGCGCGCAGCGCAACCCGCGGAGCCGACCCGGAGCCCUGCGCAGUCCGCGCCCCGCGGCGCAGCCCUGAUCCGCGCAGCUCGCCGCGCUCCAGCCGCCGGUCCGGGCAGCAUGAGGCGCGCGGCGCUCUGGCUCUGGCUCUGCGCGCUGGCGCUGCGCCUGCAGCCGGCCCUCCCGCAAACUGUGGCCGUAAACGUACCCCCUGAAGAUCAGGAUGGCUCUGGGGAUGACUCUGACAACUUCUCUGGCUCGGGCGCAGGUGCUCUGCCAGAUAGCACCUUGUCACAGCAGCCCCCCUCCACCGGGAAGGACACGGGGCUCCUGACGGCCACGCCCAAGGCUCCAGAGCCCACCAGCCCAGAGACCGUCGCCACCUCCACCUCCAUCCUGCCGACUAGAGAGCCGCCUGAGGAGGGAGGGGCGGUGCUCCUGGCAGAGGCGGAGCCUGGCCUCUCCGCCCGGGAGAAGGAGGCCGCCCACCCACUCAGUGAGACGACGCUGCACCCGACCACCCACCGGACAUCGACAGCCAGAGCCACCACGGCCCAGGGGCCUGCCACCUCCCAUCCCCACAGGGACAUGCAGCCUGACCCCCAUGAGACCUCGGCCCCCGCUGGGCAUGGCCAGCUCGAGCCUCACGCUUCCCGCAUGGAGGAUGGAGGUCCUUCUGCCACUGAGAAGGCUGCUGAGGAUGAAGCCUUCACCCAGCUCCCAGUAGGAGAGGGCUCUGGGGAGCAGGACUUCACCUUUGAUGUGUCUGGGGAGAACGCAGCUGGGCCUGCUGUGGAAUCUGACCAGAGGAAUGGGCCCUCGGGAGAUCCCGAAGCCACGGGGGCCUCGCAGAGCCUCCUGGACAGGAAGGAAGUGUUGGGAGGGGUCAUCGCUGGAGGCCUCGUGGGGCUCAUCUUUGCCGUGUGCCUGGUGGGUUUCAUGCUGUACCGGAUGAAGAAGAAGGACGAGGGCAGCUACUCCUUGGAGGAGCCGAAACAAGCCAAUGGCGGGGCCUACCAGAAGCCCACAAAGCAGGAGGAGUUCUACGCCUGAUGGGGGGGACACCUCUCCCAUCCCCCUGCCACUUGCUGGGGCCCCACUUGCCUCUUCUGUGAAGAACUGCAGACCCUGCAUCCCUGCCACCACGCCACCUCCCCGGCACACCCAGCCCGCGGCGUCCUGGGCGCACCAGGGCGGGGGGGGGGCUCACCUCUGCUUCUUUGACUUCUGCCUGGAGACUUAGGCACAAGGGCUUUCUCGCAUAUGACCGACCUUUCCACCACAGCCUGCACCUGGUAUCCCACCAUGCUGACUCAGUGUCUCCAAACUGGAGCAGCCCCUCCCCA